AUGUCAAAGGAUGUCGAAUACGAGUUCUCAGCAGCUGCAGUGGCAUCAGUAUUCAUGACUGUUGAUGAAAUCAUGCCAACUGAUGUUUACAAAGCUGCAAAAUCUGACCCUGACACAAUGAACCUGGAACAAGCUUUGGCUCAGAAAGAGAACUAUGACAAAUGGAUAGCUGCGCUCGAAAAGGAGAUCAGAGAUUUGGAAGAACAUGAAACUUGGGAAGAAGUCUCAGAAGAGAGUGCACAAGGCAAAAUCAUUCCGGCCAUGUGGGUGAUGAAAAUCAAGCGAAAGCCUGAUGGAUCGUUUGACAAAUUCAAGGCAAGGCUGGUAGUGAGAGGAGAUUUGAUGUCCAAGUCAGGUGAUUACAAUUUCGAGACCUAUGCUCCUACCUGUGCUUGGAGCACCAUUCGCAUGGUACUGAUUCUGGCAUUGACUUGGGGCUGGACUACUUGCACCUGUGAUUAUUCCAAUGCUUUUAUUCAUGCAACAUUGGAUGACCCCAUUUGGAUCAAGCUGCCUCGAGGCUACAGAUCCAAGCUCCCAGGAAAAUCUUGCUUGCGCCUCAAGAGAUCUCUCUAUGGGACCUCUGUCGCCCAAAAUUGUGGGCGGACUGUCUCACCAAAGCACUGA